AUGUCUGAAAACAUCGAUCAAUUCCGUUUUUUAACAAACACUUCUUUUGAAGAAGCACGAGAUUAUUUAAUACUUACAGAGGGCAAUAUAGAACAAGCUGUUACUCUUUUUUACGAAGGUGACAUUCGAGCACCACUACAAUCAUCAUCACGUCUAACUUCUACUUCUUCUAACAAUGAAAACAACAACACUACGAUAAAAGAAAAGGCAGGAACAACAUCACAAAAUACAAAAGAAACAACAAUUCAUACCGUCGAUGUUGAUGAAAACACCACAACAACAGUUACUACUAUCGAUGAUGAUGAGUUUUAUGAGACUGAUGAGUUUUAUGAGGUUGAUGAGAUCGAUGGGAUUGAUGAGAUUGAUGGGACUGAUGAGAUUGAUGAAAGCAUUACCACCACAAUACCAAAUACAGCCACAACUACUAAUAGCUUUAAAACUGUUCUUGAUGUAGAUGAUAGCAUGGAUUUAGAUAAGAAAGAUGACAAGAUUAAUAAAGCUUCUCAAAUCAAUGCAGAUGAAGAAUUGGCUAGAAGGAUUCAUCAACAAGAAGAAAGUACAGCAGCAGUUCGUCCACCUAUCCAACCUAAGAGCGAUAUACUAAUUGGUACUGAUACUGGUGGCGAGAACCCGACUAAUAAGGUUGAUAGAUUAGUUAAAUUGUAUAGUCCUCCAUUUGAUAUUAUGAGUACAGAGGGUUUUGAUAAGACACGUAACAAGGCAAAAUCAACAGGAAAAUGGAUAAUGAUUAAUAUUCAAAACAUAGAAGAAUUUUCUUCUCAAUUGCUUAAUUGUAAUCUAUGGAGUAAUGAAACUGUCAAAGAUUUCAAUUCAGAUAGUUCAGAAGGUUCUAAAUAUAUAAACUUUUACCCUGUUUAUAAAUAUCCACAUAUUGCUGUGAUUGAUCCAAGAACAGGAGAACGAUUGAAAGUUUGGGAUUCUCAACUCGAACCAACAGAAUUCUUAAUUACUGUGACGGAUUUUUUGGAAAAAUAUUCAUUAGAAGAAGAACCAAAUCAUUCAGAAUCUUCAAAAAAAAAUAAAACUUCAGAUGAAACUUCAGCAAUGUCUGUAGAUAAUCAAACAAAAGCAGAACCACAAAUUUCAAAUGAUACUAAUAAUAUUAUUAAUGACAAUAAUAUUAAAGAGGAAAAAGAAAUCCACAAAGUUCAUCCGGUUUUUGAAGAAAUUCCAUAUAAAUCUAUAUUUGAUUCCAUCAAACCAAUUGAGAGGCCAGAUCAAACAGGACCAAAAUCUACAAGUAUAAAAUUUCGAUUGGAAGACUCGGCACGAUAUAUGUUUGAAUAUUUAAAAGCGUCAGUUCCUGAACUUGAAGAUAAAUUUUUUGAGUUAAAUUAUUUAAGGAAUAACUUGAUUGAAAAAAUUGACGAAACAAUUGAAGAAGCGGGACUAAUUAAUGCUGCUAUAAAUGUAGUUUUAGGAUGA